UUUUAAAAUUUUUAUGGCAUUUUAUUAUGCUUUUUAUAAUAUUUUUUUUACAUUUUACGGCUCAACUUUCAAAGUCUUGUGUUUUUUAUUAGAACAUGGUGAUUUAAGCGAUGGGCGAGGAAAAUGACAAGGCGAACAGUGUUGUAAAAAACACAGAGAAACUUCUACAAGAAAAAAGUUUGUUGGAUUUUAUCGUCCGAAUUGAGGACGUUGAGUUGCCAUGUCACCGUGUUAUUCUGGCAGCGUCGUCACAUUUCUUCAGAGCACUUUUAAUGACAGACAUGAAGGAGGCUAAAGAGGGUUGUGUAACGAUCAAUGGGAUUUCAUUGGAUAUAUUCCAGCUUAUUUUAAAGUCGAUGUACACGGGAAAGAUUACAUUAACGAUAGACAAUUGUAUGGACUUAUGGCAGGCAGCAGAUCAACUACAGAUAGAUUUUAUUGUGGAAAAUUGUGCAGAUUUCGCUACAAAAGUCACUACUGUUGAGAACUUUGAGGAUAUGUGGAAAAUAGCAGAAUUUUUUAACUCUGAAAAACUUAGCGAUUUCUUAGACACGUUUUUACUGGCAAACUUUGAUAGCAUUUGUGAGCUAGAUCCUAGAGUAGUAUUGGGACUUGGCUUCAAUGAUUUCGAUUAUUUUAUCGAUUCUCAUGAGCUAAAUGUAAGAAACGAAGACUGGCUAAUAAAACUAGUGCUAAAGUGGGUUGAAUAUGUGCCAGAAAAAGACAAAAUUGAAGACGAUGAAGAGACAUUAACCGACUCACAAGAGAAUACUUCAAAAGAAAUUAGUUGUAAUGAUGAAACAGACAAACGUUUUACAGUAGUUAGGAAGGAUGAUUUAAAUAAAAAUCCUAAUAAAAGACUUCAAAGACUUGCAUCGUUAUUACAAUCUGUUAGAACGUGUUUAGUAAGUUCACCGAUGUUGAAACAUCUGCUAAAACAUCGAUUGAUUAUCAACAACACUGAAGCUAGAGAUAUUUUGAUUGAUGCUGUAUUGUAUAAGACAACACAUUAUAACCACGGACAAUGGCGAACAAGUGCCAUACAUCGAGCCUCGAGUGAAUGGCAGCAUUGCGGUGUUGUGUACACCAUCGGUUUGGGGUUCGUUAUAUUGAAUACGCAGGAUUUUAAGUUCCACACCUGUGUAGAUUGUAGUGAACUUCGUCUGGAGGUAACUUUGGCUGUCUUUGAUUCAUAUUUAUACGCCGCUGGAGUCAAAGAUGAUGAAGAAGAAAACAGCAGUUUGUUUGUUUUCAGCGGGAAUUCCUGGAAUAAAAUAACGGAAAUUCCACGAAGAAGACUAGUUCUAGUUCCAUAUGAUGACUGCAUUUUUAUUCUAAGCAAAAAAUCAACAGAAAUAUACCGAAUAUUUCCGAAAUGUGGGAACCCGAAAGUUGAAGAAUUUACAAAUCUACCUGAUUCGACGAAAGUACGUCAUGCUAUAAGUUAUCGGAGAAUGAUUCUAAUUUUCAGCUCUGUAAUUGUCGAAAAUGAAGACAAAACUGCAGUUCACAAACUAGACAUUCUAACAAAGAAAUUAUCAACAGUAGAACAAUUAAAUGGACCAGCAAAGUAUCUGAUCAGCUUCAGUCAUGAUAAUAAUACUUUUGUAUUACAAAAACGUGGAGAUUUAUGGACUAUACAAAUGAAAAACGGUAAAGUUACAUUCCAGUUGCUGGGCCAAUGGCAAACACCUCAUAAAUUGCACGGCGCAUUGACGUUAGACGAUAGACUAAUUGUUUCAUAUCCAGGUAUAUUUAAAAAACCAUGCGAACAACUCAGUGUGUUUCCAGAUAUGUUAAAAGAUUAUUUUUGCCAAUUUGCAGUUUGGAAUUUACUGGAUUAUGCUUGCUCUAAUCUUAUACCAGUUGUUCUACAUAAGGACGUGUUAAUACCAGUUUAAAAUAAAAAUCACGUUUCAGUCUUGGCCGGUGUGUAUGAUAGUGUGUGUUGUGAUACCAAUCAUGUAUUAUGUUCAAUUCAAGUGACGAAUGCUUGAGCCGUCUUGUCCUACAUAAGGGACGUUUUGAUACCAGCUUAAAAUAAAAUAAAUCCCAUUUCUAUUUGUGCACGCGACUAGGGUAGUCUAGGCGGUGAUACGAAAUCUUGUAUUGUGUUAAAUUUUGGUAAACUAGGCAAGUCGUAGGUUCGAAUUCAGGAAAAAGCAAACUUGUUUACAUAAUUAAAAUGUAUUCGUUAGUAAACGAAGCAUGCAGCCACGUUUCACAAAGGAAUUAAUUUACAAGCACAGUUAUUUAAAAACUGUUGUCAUAAAUAGUUUAAAAUAAGUAGAUCUUGUUAAAUGUGUGUUUGCAAAUCAAUAACUAAUUUAUUUACAUAUGUUAAAGUCAUUUUGAAUAAUAAACUACAUAGUCUAUUUAAAGUAAAACAAGUCGUUUGAUUUACGUUCCUCGCAACAACUAAAGUUAUGAUAGUUAAGAUCCAUGCACUUGAUACAUUUUAAAUUUUGAACCAAUAUUAAAUGAAGAAAAACAUUUUGAUACUUUCAUAU